CAUCACUUCCGUUUUGACAACUGGCGGGACUUCUUCACGUGUUAGUUGCAGCGUCGCAGAUCGGGUUGUUUACAGACUUUAUUUUAAUUUUAAUUUGCUUUUACAGGCAUUGCUGGUACAAAAACAAUACAAAUUAUACAACACGAUGACUGCAAACGGAAAGGACGCCUGCGGGUUAAAAGGCGACGAGCCGUCGGUGUCUGUAAAUGGCAGCGGCGACGCUUUUGCUCACAAGUCCCGCUCGCUGGCGGUGAACGGAGCCGCAACGGAGCUGCAGAACGGAGGGACCUCCGGGCCGGAGAGGUUCACCUUCAGCCCCGAGCCCACCAUGGAGGACAUCAGGCGGAUGCAGGCGGAGUUCACGGACGAGAGGGACUGGAAUCAGUUCCACCAGCCCCGCAACUUGCUCUUGGCCUUGGUCGGCGAGGUGGGCGAGGUGUCGGAGCUCUUUCAGUGGCGUGGGGAGGUGGCCGAGGGCCUGCCCGGCUGGACCGAGUCGGAACGAGAGCACCUGGCGCACGAGCUCAGCGACGUGAUGAUCUACCUGGUGGAGCUCGCCGAGAAGUGUCGCGUGGACCUUCCCCGAGCGGUGCUUCGUAAAAUGGCCCUGAACCGACUGAAAUACCCGGCCAGCAAGGUGCACGGGUCGGCCAAGAAGUACACGGAGUACAAGGACUGAGUCUGGGUGUCUUUUAAGAGUCGGGUUUCAGGGACUGUUGAAGCUGCUUUCCCACCUCACCGUUUUAACUUUGGCCUACUGCUGGACAUUUUAUCCCUCGGUUCAAAUGUUUUUUUUUGGUGGGGGGUGACUUGUUACAUAACAAUAUGAAUGCUUUUCACUUGUGUGUAUUUUCUAGGAUACUUGUGUGUGUGUGUGAGGUUAAUCUGUUGCCUAUAUGACAAGUAUUUGUGUUCCUCUCCAGGAGACUAGGGCCAUACUCUAUGGUAGCUUUUAUUCAGUUAAAAAAAAAUGUUUUUUGCUCAUCAUGGAACUGCCUGAGUGAAUUUGUUGCAAUGCAUGCUCCGCAGAAACUAUUACUGUUGUGCAGUGCCUUUUUUGGGAGUAUUUAGAAGAAUGUGUUUCUCUCAACUUUUUAGUAAGAUGCAGUUGCAGCAGAUGGUUGUUGACCUGACCAUCCCUUUUUAUAAAAGAGUAAUUUGUUUUUCUGAUUAUUAGGAUUUUGAAUUAUGUUCCUUUCCCAUCAAGGUUUAUUCAACUAAUCUGUUUUGUUCACAUCACAACUAUCACAGUUCUGUUUGUUUUUUUCUGAAGUAAAAGUUGCUUUAAUUCUU